UUCAAGAUAAAAACAAGUGCCCGUUUUAUUUUAACAUGCAUCAAUUCUGUAAUUACCACAUUCAUAAAAUAGUCCAUCAUGUAAAAUGAAAUGGCGAAUCGGGGAAAAAACCGGGAGGCGGGGAAGGGCAAGUACGGUGCGUUUUGUCGUUCUAAUUCCACACCAUCUCCCUUGUGCCAGUGGGCUCUACACCAGCAGCAAUGCAAUGCAGUGUUGAGUGUUCCCUCUUGCUUGCAUUCGAGUUUGAUUUGUUUUCAGACCAAAAAUAAGUUCGGUUGGUUUAAUGAGUAGGCGUAGAUUUCAGGAAAAUGCGUGAUAGUUGAGAGUGAGUGACAACCUCGGAGGAUUUUCACCAGUUCCAAACUUAGGUUAUGUUUCUUAAUGGAAUUCAUCAAAUCCCCAACAAUUUGAUCGGAUCAAGAUUUCUUCGAGAUUGUUCAUUCUCCAACCUCGGCUCUUCUAGGCUUACAGUAAAGGAAGGAAAACUCCUUUCGCAGGGCCCAGCGCAUGAAGGAAAGGCCUCUUAUUGAUAAUGUGGAAGCUUGUUCAAAUCAGAUCAGAAGAUAAUGAUGAAGCGCAGGAGAGCUUUCUUGGUGAGGAGUCGGGUGUCUUCUGCUCCCUCUCUCCAAUGCAGAGAGUUUAUGGAUUCGCAGCUUGUUUGGUCGCUGGUCUUGUUUGCAUGUUAGUGUCAGUGGUUGUCUUUGCCAAACCCAUCAAAUUUGCAGUAUUGUUCACCUUUGGUAACCUGUUAGCAAUUGGAAGCACGGCUUUCCUGGUAGGACCUGCACAGCAAAUUGGAAUGAUGUUUGACCCUGUCCGUGUGGUUGCAACAGCCAUAUACCUUGGAUGUGUAGUUAUAGCUCUUGUUUGUGCUCUUCUGAUCCGCAGUAAGGUUUUGACGAUAAUUGCUAUCAUAGAUGAACGGCUUCUCAAAAUGAGUUAUAUUCAUGGAGCAUGUUGAAUUUUUAUGGGGAUCAUUUACUAGCUGGUAGUUAUUGCAGCAAGAAAUUUUAUUGAUCCAGAUUCUUGUAGGCUUCAUCGAAUGGUGUUAAAUUCGUGGAGUUGCUCAGAUUGAGCACGUGAGUUGGCAUUUUCUCAUGGUUGUUACAAACGUCAAACGUCAGAUUUUGUACCAGCCAGGAUUCUUUGUUGGCCAGAUACCGACGAGGAUUCGUGUUUUAUGCUCCUGUUCUUUUUUAUUUUCUUGUUACUGUGGUGUAACUAAAAUUUGUUUAUAAAAAAGUUGUUAGCACGAUGUAAUAGAAAAACCAUUUGAA